CUUUGCAUGUCGUCAUGGAGUUGUUUGUUUACUUAAAGAAACUAGUGAGGGUAAUGGAGAUAUAAGCAAAGUAUUUUCUAACUCUCACUGCACAUCAUAGUAACACACAAGUGUAUGUAAAGUACAAGACUUAAGUGUAGCAGAAAGUUAAACCAAACAAAUCAUGGGGAUCAAGGACUCCUUUAUGGCAGCCAAUCUGGCAACGAAAUUAGUUUUCUUUAUCAUACUUUUAGCGAAUGUUGUCAACUGGAUAGCUUUCUGUACGACAUCAUGGCAUGUCUCAUUCUUCAACUACAGAGGCUUAUGGAGAUAUAACACUAGUCCCUUAGAUGGCACUCCAGACGACGAGUACAUCGCCAUCCAGGCCUUCAGUAUCUUCGGGUUCAUCUCGCUGAAUGUUGGCUUUGGACUCAUCGUCUUGUACAUGUUCUGGGGAAGUUGUAAGGGAAACAGUGAAACAAAUCUUGCAGCGGCCAUCACUCUCUUUGUAUCAGCUGGUAGCUGGUUGAUUGCUGUAGCCAUCUUUGGAGCUAAGUUUGAAGGAACUGAAAGGUUCGGCUACUCCUUCGCCCUGGCAGUGUGUGCUCUCAUCCUGGCGCUGAUUGGUGGAAUCAUUUUGAUAAUUGGUGGCCGAGGAAACAGCUCAGUCAGCUCGAAGUAGGAUCACUACUGGGGAAACAUGUAUAUUAAUUAUUGCCUCUGUUUAUAUUAUACCUGAAUCUGUAUUACCCAAAAGUCUUUGAACUAGCCGUCUAAAUUUAAAACUUCGCUAUAUUUCUAUCUUAAAACAUGCAGAUCACGUGACUCUCUUCUGUGCUACUUAUUGUCAAACCAUAAUAAACUCUACUUCUAAACCUAAGAUUCAAUCCAUUUCAAAAUUGUAAGAACUAAAUUUCUAGAAUUAAAAAAAAUUCAAUCCUAUUAGAGAAAAUCCCCUACUUCUAAACUUCUAGCAUUGUACUGUUACCAUCUGCCUCUGUCUUUAAGAAUCGUUUGCCAUAUCAACAGUCUGUAAAAUCAGUGUGUCUCCAUGGCAACAUCAACAUAGUAACCAUGUAAAUUAUCCGUCCACUAUUUAUUUAUUUUUGUACUGCUUGUAACUGCAUUGAUGCUUAUGAGAUUUAGAAGAAUAAAGUUUUUUUUUU